UGACGUUCAUUCAGUAAUAUUUUUUUGUGUUGUAAAAAUCAGAAACAUAAAUACACAUGUUAGUUUAUUUGUGACUUUUCAAACACGUUUUCAAACGAUGUCAUCUCAAAUAGAUCAGGACAAUACAACGAUUUCAGAGUCAAGCUUUGAAGAAUUCCUUUUAAUUCAUCAGUUACAAUUAAAAAAUUCAUGUGUCCCUCAAAUCUACUGGCAAACACUGUUCAACAAGUUGAAAGAUGAAGUGUUUGAUGCAGGUGGAGUGUUUCAAGUCCAGAUAGUGGAACAUGUUGAAGAAACAUAUGGAAAUGAAGGGGAUGAAGACAGGGAAGACGGGGACGAAACAAGCGGUUCUCACACAUACAGGGUGGUUGUCAGCAGACAGGAGGGAAUCAGUUGCAUUGAUGAGGAGCAUAUAUACCUGGUUGACCAUGCAUGGACAUAUCGCCAGCAUGAGGCACGUGCUUACUUGGAGCAGGUUGCGGGACUAAAGGAACGAAUGGCUGACCUCAUGGACAUUAAAAAAGAUGAAAGGCCAGACAAGGACAUCAUUGAUGAGGUGCUAAGAGAAAUGUGGAGGUUUAAUGGAACCUACAGUAUAGGAAAUUAUGAUCUGGGCACCAAUGAGCGACUGCCUGUGUGGUAUGUAAUGGAUGAGUUUGGUUCCCGUAUCCAGCACUCGGACAUGCCCACGUUCAAGAUGGCACCAUUCAUGUACGGACCCAGGCAGAUUGCAUACUCAAUCAUCUGGCCCAUUAAAGAUCUUAACAAAGGAGAGGAGGUGACACGAGAUUAUGUCCCCAACAUCCAUCAUCCUGAGAGAAGGGCAGCCACAAUGUUGCCAUGGAUACCACAUGAUUUCCGAGAAACCUCCUUCCAGCAGCAAGAGCCCAGUUCAGACUUCUUCUCUGCCCACAGAAUUGCUGAGAAAAUGCCGGAGGAAGUUGGCCCUGUUUCCCCACUCCCUAGCGACCGGCGUAUCCGUGUAUGUCUUGACUACCCUGAAGCUCCGGAAAUCACGCACCCAAGGUUUGAAAUGGUGGACACCGGGGAAGAGGCAGACAUCAUCUGGACACUGCAGAACUUUAAAGAUUUCACAUCUUUGUGUUCUGAAGGAAAAUACCGCUACAUCAACCAGUUUCCCAACGAGCAGUGUAUCACAGUGAAGGACCUACUUCCCAUUGUGUGUCGCAGAGCAGGAACUGGUGGUAUUGACCCAGACACACUUGAGGGGUCACCAAAAUGGCUGCCCCUAACCUUUAAUCUGAACACAGAGCUAGACAAGUUUGUCUCAUACUUUCAACACCGACAAGACAAAGGUCUGGACAAUGUAUGGAUCUUGAAGCCGUGGAACCUGUCCAACUCUGCUGACAUCACGGUCUCAGACAAUCUCAACCAGAUUGUGCGCCUUACAGAGACUGGCCCUAAGAUAGCGUGUAAGUACAUAUCGGACUGUGUGACUAUUCACCGUGCAGACUUAAAGGCUGAUGUGAAGGUAGAUUUCCGUUUCCUCAUCUUCCUGGCGAGCGUGAAGCCUCUCCAAGUCUUUUUAUACAGACCUUUCAGUGUACGCAGAGGACACAAAGAGUACUCCCUGACUGACUUUGAUGACUUGUUGCGACACCUGACCUACGUCGGUCUAUAUAAGUACAAUGUUUACCGUCCUGGAAUGUACACAGAAGAGUUCAUUGAGCCAUUUGAAGCUGAAAAUCCUGGAGUCAAAUGGAACACAAUAGAGGAUUCAAUCCACACCGCCCUACUGGAGCUUUUCCAGGCAGCAACCAGUCGUGAUCCACCAGCUGGCCUUGUUAACUUUCCACUCUCCCGGGCGAUAUAUGGCAUCGACUUGCUCUUGCAGUGGCAGACAAAUGAAAAGGGUGAGCGUUAUGUCCAGCCGAUGGUAUCGGAGGUGAACUUUGGUUGUGACUAUAAGAGCUGGAUGGAAGAAUACCCGGAGAUGCUCAAUGAUGCGUUUAGCGCUCUCUUCUUUAAUGACAUCGAGGGUCGUGAAGACAGAGUGAAGGUCCUUGCUUCUUGAUUUCUUCCCAAGAAAUCUGUCAUAUACACUGUUAUUAAUGACUGUGCUGAGUUGGAUGCUUAAAACUGCAUAAUGGACAAGUGUUACUUUUGGAAAUGACAUGUAUCACACACUAAUGUUUAUUGGUAUCAUAUAUCAAACAAUAAAUUAUGCUUAUUGGA